GUAAAUAAAUAUUCAAAAAUAAAAGCUGCGACAAUUCACUACGCAUCCUCGUGGAAGCUUUCAAUUGAACAAUACUAUUUUAGUGAUAACUUUUUUCAUUUGUGACUUCACCGUGCAGCUCCUAAAUCGACAAAGUUGACUGUGGAAUAAAUCGAAAAUAAAAUGAAAUAUUUCAAAUAUGUAUAUUUUAAAAACUUUUUGUACACUUUUAUCUAAAAUAAACAUAAAUAAAAGGAAUAGAUUAGCAUUUAUCCACAUAUUCUCAAGUCCAGUGCGCAAAAUUCGGCCAACUCCGAAAGCUAAACGCCAAUGUCCACAGCUGAUAUCAGUUAGAAGUGUCUAAAUAAUUUGUGCAAAGAUUUAAGUGAAGAAUACGUAGUUUUUACUACAUAGAUACAUGCAUACAUCCUAUAUUUUUUAAACUGAUUUAAGUGCAAUUAGCAUCAAAAGGGAAAAUUUAACAACGACUAUAGGGCAGUGUCCCCAGGCACGUAAACAUACGAUCAAAAAUGUGGUAGCACUUGGUCCGAGCACAUAAUUAUCCACCUGUGCUGUCUCUAAACAUCCCUAAACUCCAUUUCUAACCAUUGCUACAUAAUCAUAAUAUUGUACUGAAAUUGCGGAGAAUAGCAACAGUGACACUAGCCGAAUAUAACUGCAUUUGUAUGCACGAAAUUGCACUCAACGUCGCAUCACUUCAUUGAUAACCGUUCAUAGGACUGACGUUACUAUUUCCUUUUCCACUAAUAUUGCAACGGUCGUAUUUUAUCAUCGAUCUAACAAAUCCGUUUGAAUUCAACAUUUAAUUGUAACAAAUAUAUGUGUGUAUAUGUAUCUCGGUAUAUAUUGUAGUUUCGGGUUACUUGAGCAACAACACCACAAAAAAAAACAAAAAAAGCCUUUCCAACGCCAACGUAAAUACCCUUCCACUAACAACGCGGUGGCACAGUUUUAAAAUUUGCGUAUUCUAUGAGAUCGACAGUUUCAAUUGUCCCGUUCAAGCGUGUGUACUUAUACUCAAAACGAAUUUUAUUCAAGUAAAAAGGUAGAGCUUCACAAUGACAACCAAAUCUAAGACUCAACAGGAGAAGCACAAAAUGUCCGAGAUUGAUGAAAAUAUUUCGAAAAUUUUUGAUAUAAAAAAGCGCUUGGGUAAAGGAGCAUAUGGCAUUGUGUGGAAAGCAUUGGAUAAGCGUACAAACGAAACGGUAGCAGUUAAGAAAAUUUUCGACGCAUUUCGCGACGAAACUGAUGCGCAACGAACUUUUCGUGAAAUUGUUUUUCUGAAGGCAUUUCGUAAUCAUCCCAAUGUCAUACGAUUACUAACUGUAUAUAGAGCGUCGAAUAAUUUAGACAUAUACCUCAUUUUUGAAUAUAUGGAAAGUGAUUUGCAUAACAUCAUUAAGAAGGGCACUAUUUUAAAGGAUAUUCAUAAAAGAUAUGUGAUGUACCAAUUAAUUAAUGCUAUUAAGUAUAUACAUUCCGGAAAUGUGAUACAUAGGGACCUGAAGCCAAGCAACGUACUCAUAGAUAGUAAAUGCAGAUGUAAAUUGGCCGAUUUCGGGCUAGCGCGCUCUGUUUCGAAUCGGCCAAUGCGAGACGGUAACGAUAUGACUAGUGAUCACGCCAUCGAGCCCAUACUCACAGAUUAUGUCGCUACACGUUGGUAUAGAGCUCCAGAAAUUCUUGUCGCUAGUAAAAGAUAUACUAAAGGGAUCGAUAUGUGGAGCUUGGGUUGCAUACUUGGUGAAAUGAUACGAGGAAAGCCAUUGUUUCAAGGCAGCAGUACUGUCAAUCAAAUAGAAAGGAUAGUAACAGCUCUGCCAGAAAUAACAGAUCACGACGUUAAAGCAGUAGGAGCUGGUUUCGGAUCGGUACUUCUUAGCAAACAGAUUUCACGUGAAAGGAAAACAUCAUUAAAUGAAAUGAUGUCUGAUGCUCCAGAAGAUGCUUUAAAUAUGGUCAAAUCAUUAUUAGUCUUAGAUCCCUUGGCUCGGCUUACAGCAAAACAAGCCCUGGGCCAUCCAUAUGUAGAAAAAUUUCGCAACUCUAUACCAGAAAUUGAAUUGAGUGUGGAUAUUUUGCCACCAUUCCGCGAUGAUGUGCGUCUAACUGUACCUGAAUAUCGGUCAAAGUUAUAUGAAAUUGUUCAACAUAACAACGAAAAACCAGACAAACGGCAAACGACAACAAUUGUUAAGAGUUUCAACAUAAAUCAAAAAGAUCACAAGAUUUCAACACCCUACGACAAGACUGAUACAUUAAAGAAACCUCAUAAGACUAAGCAAGGCAAAAUCUCAGAGGACAAAUAUAUUUCAAAAGAUAAGUAUUUAACUCGACCGGAAAAACACGAAAGCGAAACACAACCAUCUAUCAGCGUGCCCAGUAUAAACGGUAAACCCACUAAAAAAUUAACUACCAUAUCUCCUAAUGCUAAACGCAAGUCCGGCAAAACACAUUCUAAAUACUUUGCACAGCAAACAGUAGAAGUUGUAAAAGAUAAGAAGCACUUAAAAGUACAUGGAAGCUAUGAUGAUCAUUUUCCCGUAAAUGUUAUUGACAAACGGCAUUCCAUAGAUGCUGGCUACACUAGUCUCCCAGAUGGUAAAUUGGGUAUAGGAGGACAAUUGGGAGAUUUAGUAGGUAGACAGACUACAUCCCCCAGUGGGGCACUAAAAAAAGUGGAUAGCACUCGCCGACAACACCGUAGCUCGUCGUCGAUAUGUAAAGGUGAACAAAAGAGCAAACCAGAGCAAUCAACUCACCUUCUUCAGUAUCAACAAAAUAAAUAUUCUAGCCAGCAAAAAUUAGAAUGCCGGCAGCAAGAUAGCAGUUUUGCUUAUCCAGAUAUCGACUAUGAACAAUCUUACAUAGAAGUUCAGGAUCCAUACAACAAUGACAGCGCGCCAUUUUUAAAGAAGUCUUCAUAUGUUCGGAACUCAAAAUCGGACGUAACGAAUACCAUUGUCAGUGGUCUGACGAAGUCUACUGAAAACAUAGUCAGAGGAAAUGAUCGAUUAUGUUAUGAAAAACGAUUGAAAAAAUUAGAGGAAGAAAUAGAAAAAUACAAGAAAGAAGUAAAGUCUUUUUGUAAAGAAACAUUUAGUUAUACGCAUCAAAAAUCGCCACAAAAGCAUAAUAAGGGCAAUAGUCAGAUUCAAAGUCAAAUUCGUAAUAACCUUCGAAACGCAACUAAUAAUCAAAUACAGCAUACUCGUCCCCAUACUCUGCAACAGGCAUACCUCGAACCAACGAAAUCCGAUGUCAAAAACAAUAGACAUCAACAGCAAAUACAACAAAAUGUGUGCAAUACAAAACAAAAUCCCUAUUAUGAUCUGCUUGCCAAGGUAACUCGUGAUUUUGGAAGUAAAAAUGGCAUUAAUUCAGCGAUUUUUAAUGGUACUCUCAACGUUGGAGCUGUACCUAUAGUUACAGCUGAAAACGAAGGGGAGGAAUAUAUUGUAGACCGAUCGACGAAAAUGUCGAAUAAAGACGUAUUGAUAGAUAACAAACAUCCGUCGUUUCAAGUACACUCUAACAUAUCAAAAAUUCAUCAGUCGCAUCAACAGCCUACACACAAUAUUCACCGCAACGGCAGACCGAUGUCGAAAUUCAUAGCGCGACCACCCCAAAAUAGUAGCCACUUAACGAAGCACACAUUAACAAAUUGUCAAUGAUAUUGAUUUUACUAUUCUAUGCUAGAAUAACUGCCAUUUUAUCUAAGUUAUUAAAUGAGAGUUUUUAUGUACGUGUAAUGGCAACUGCCUAUACAUACCUAUAUGUACUAACCUGUAUAUAUCCAAUUAAAAUAUAUUUGUAUGAGUGUGUA